AUGCCUGCACCCUUAAGAAAUCACUUAUUUUCUCCUCCUAAUAACUUAUUCUUCUUCAACUUAUUUCUUUCAAUAAACUCUCUUUUGUUCUCAACUUGUCAUUCCAUUGAUGCACAAGGCCAAGCUCUUCUCACAUGGAAGAACAGUUUAAAUAUCUCCACAAAUGCCCUCAAAUCUUGGAAUUCUGCAGACAAAAGUCCUUGCAAUUGGUUUGGAAUACACUGCAACUCGAAAGGCGACGUGACCGAGUUAAGUUUGAAGGCAGUGGCCUUGCAAGGUCCAUUGCCUUCAAACUUUCAACAACUCAAAUUCUUGAAUAUCCUUAUUCUCUCAUCCACAAAUCUCACAGGAACUAUCCCAAAAGAGUUUGGGGACUAUCUCGAGCUGGUUCUCAUUGAUAUCAGUGAUAAUUCUAUCACUGGUGAGAUUCCAGUGGAACUUUGUAUGCUAAACAAGCUGAAAACGUUAUCUCUCAAUUCAAAUUUGCUAAAGGGAAUUAUACCUUCUGAUAUUGGCGACCUUUCCAAUCUCAAGUCUCUUACGCUCUACGACAAUCAGCUCGAUGGUGAAAUCCCGAGAAGUAUAGGAAAAUUGAGCAACCUCGAGAUAUUCAGAGCCGGUGGGAACCAAAAUCUCAAGGGUGAGCUGCCUUUGGAGAUUGGAAAUUGCACUAAUUUGGUAAUAGUAGGCCUUGCUGAAACCAGCAUUUCUGGGAGACUGCCAUCAUCAAUAGGGAUGCUGAAAAGGCUUCAAACACUAGCAAUUUACACAUCUCUACUGUCAGGUCCCAUUCCUGAAGAGAUUGGCAAUUGCAGUGAUUUGCAGAAUAUCUUUCUGUAUCAAAAUUCCAUCUCGGGUUCAAUCCCCGUGCUAGUGGGGAAACUGAAAAGGCUUCAGAGUCUGUUAUUGUGGCAGAACAGCAUGGUCGGUACAAUUCCAUAUGAGCUCGGAAGCUGCAGUGAUGUAACAGUCAUAGAUUUAUCCGAGAAUCUGUUGACAGGCAGCAUCCCCACAAGUUUUGGAAGUCUUUUGAAACUUGAGGAGCUACAGCUAAGUGUCAAUCAAUUAUCAGGUACUAUACCUACUGAGAUAUCAAAUUGCACAGCACUGAAUCAUUUGGAAGUUGACAACAACGAAAUUUCGGGAGAAAUUCCUGUUCAAAUAGGCAAAUUAAAGAGCUUGACUCUGUUUUUUGCCUGGCAGAAUAAUUUAACUGGCAGUAUUCCUGAAUCUUUAUCCGAAUGUGAGAAUCUCCAAGCUCUUGAUCUCUCUUACAACAGCCUCUCUGGUCCAGUGCCACAACAGAUAUUUGAAUUGAAGAAUCUGACUAAAUUGCUGUUAAUUUUUAAUGAAUUGUCGGGUUUUAUUCCGCCAAAUAUUGGAAAUUGCACAAAUUUGUAUAGAUUAAGGUUGAGCAAGAAUAGGCUGGGGGGUACUAUUCCAUCAGAAAUUGGAAAUUUGAAAAUUUUAAAUUUCCUCGAUAUGAGCAACAACCACUUCAUGGGAGGCAUUCCUCCCUCAAUAUCUGAAUGUGAAAACCUUGAGUUUCUUGAUCUCCAUUCGAAUUUACUUACCAGUCCUGUGCCUGAUACUCUUCCCAAAAGCCUGCAAUUCGUGGACAUUUCAGACAAUCGACUAACAGGUUCAUUAGCUCCUGGUAUUGGUUCACUAACUGAAUUAACCAAACUUAAUCUUGGGAAAAAUCAACUUUCUGGCAGAAUUCCAGCGGAGAUCCUUUCCUGCAGCAAGCUACAAUUGCUAGAUCUCGGAAACAAUCGUUUGUCGGGUGAUAUACCUAAAGAAUUGGGUCAGCUUCCAUCUCUUGAAAUCUCUCUCAACCUCAGCUGUAACCAACUUACAGGUGAGAUCCCCACAGAGUUUUCAAGCCUCGAUAAACUAGGAAUCAUCGACCUUUCCCACAACAAGCUCUCAGGGAAACUAGACAUUCUUAAAAGCCUUCAAAAUCUUGUCACCCUCAACGUGUCAUUCAAUGAGUUCUCCGGAGAAUUGCCUAAUACGCCCUUCUUCCGCAAACUGCCUCUGAAUGACCUGGCUGGAAAUCAAGAUCUAUACAUCUCUGGUGGAGUAAAAACUCCUGCUGACAGCAUGGGGCCUCGCGAGCAUGCCAAAUCCAUGAUGAAGUUUGCAAUGUCAAUCCUUGUUAGCAUCAGUGUAGUGCUUGUGCUACUAGCAGUUUACAUAAUAACUAGGACCCAUCUGGUCCACAGUGGAUCCACUGAAGUUGACAAUUGGGAAAUGACGUUUUAUCAGAAGACGGACUUCUCCAUAGAUGAUAUUGUGCGAAAUCUUACAUCAGCCAAUGUCAUAGGCACAGGAAGCUCCGGGGUUGUGUAUAGGGUGACAGUUCCAAACGGGGAGAACCUAGCAGUAAAAAAAAUGUGGUCAUCGGAAGAAUCAGGCGCUUUCAGUUCUGAAAUUAGGACACUUGGAUCAAUCCGACACAAGAAUAUAGUGCGCCUUCUGGGUUGGGGUUCGAAUCAGAAUAUGAAACUGCUUUUCUAUGAUUAUCUUCCAAAUGGGAGCUUAAGCUCACUUCUUCAUGCCGCUGGAAAGGGAGGAGCAGAAUGGGAGACUAAAUAUGAUGUUGUCCUAGGUGUUGCACAUGCACUUGCAUAUUUGCACCACGAUUGUGUUCCCCCUAUCAUGCACGGGGAUGUCAAAUCCAUGAACGUGCUGUUAGGCCCCCGAAUGGAAGCUUACCUAGGAGACUUUGGGCUGGCAAGGCUUAUCAACAACGAUAUUUGUACUGAUAUUUCGAAGCAGAAUCAAAGGCCUCAGCUAGCUGGUUCUUAUGGAUACAUGGCUCCUGAACAUGCUUCUAUGCAACACAUCACAGAAAAAAGUGAUGUGUAUAGCUUUGGUGUGGUCCUGCUAGAGGUGUUGACGGGAAGGCAUCCGUUAGACCCCACAUUGCCCGGGGGUGCACAUUUGGUUCAAUGGGUUCGUGACCACUUACAUAGUAAGGGCAACCCAGUUGAUGUUCUAGACUCGAAGCUGAGAGGGAGAGCUGACCCUCAGAUGCAUGAAAUGCUGCAAACACUAGCUGUUUCAUUUCUCUGUGUCAGCAUCCGUGCUGAUGAUCGCCCAAUAAUGAAGGAUGUUGUGGCUAUGCUCGAAGAAAUUAGGCACGUGGAUCCCAUAAGAUCAGACACUGACUCCUUGAAGGGAGAUUUAUCAGCUCCUCCCAAAUCAUUUCCUACUAAGAAUGUGAUUUCACAAGGAUCCACUAGCUGCUCUUUUGCAUUUACUGAUGAUUCAAUCUGUUCCAACGAAGAUAACAAGAGCACAGGAAAGACAUGCAAUAAUCUACAUUGGAAAAUUGAAUUGUCGAACUCUUCCAAAGCCCUAGCAGCAGAUUCUGGAAGGGCGAAAAGGACAUUAGCUAUGCCUUUUGGACCGUUCUACACCACCAGAUUGCAGCCAAAAUUUCCCCAAAUCCCCCAUCAUUCACCGCCGCAGCGGUGGCGCUCAUGCACAGCAACAGCUGCUACAACACAGCGUGAUUUCCCCAAAUCCCCCAUCAUUCACCGCCGCAGUGGUGGCGCUCAUUGCACAGCAAUAGUUGCUGCAACGCAAUGCAGCAGCGAUGUUGUUGAGUGCAGCGCCGUUUACACCGUGGAUAGCUACGAUGUGCCGUUCACACCUGGUCUCGUGGAGGCUGACUUUUGGCAGAUAGUAAGGAGUCUGGAGAGUAAAUGA